AUGGCCAACUUUCAAAGCCUCCCGCCGGAGAUCCGGCACGAAAUCUACCUCCUCGCCACACCAGCUCGUGUCGUCCACCUCAAAGCUGAGUUUGUCAAUUUCGAUGAAUGUUAUACACUUUGGCAGGUCUCCAGUUACCAAGGAGGCUUUUGUAACUGGCAAAAAUCCAAAAACUACGAAAACCGCGUGAGGUUUGAUCCCGGUGAUGCUAUCAGAGUACAUCGCCUGGCUAUUGAUGAUUUCUCCCAUUGUCUCUACGAGGUGCCGGGAGACCUUGAGCCGGCCCGGUGGCAUGAUUGUAGUAGACUCUGCCUGUAUCCACAGCACAAGGAGUUCACGGCCCUUGAAGAGCUUCUUGUGGUUGACUGGACCCGAAACGCUGUCCCCAAGGGACUGACGAGAGACACGGGCUAUCCUGCCAAGCCACCUCCGAAGCAACACCGUUACGAUACAGGGAAUCUCUGGAAAUGCGUGAAAGUGGAGGAAACAUCCUUACUACGAACAAUGUACCACUACGACCCUAGGGAAGAAUCGUAUUACGGACCGAAGAUUGGCAAACCGCGCGGCUAUGGGCCUGCACCUAAUAUUGCAGAUUGGGGUACUUUUGGCACUCGGAGUGCAUACCUGCAGUUGGAACUUGUUAGGUACUGGAAGAGCCAAAAUGGUUCCGCUGGCGAAUGGAGGGCGCCGAGAAUAACUCUAAUGCACUUGAUCGAUGAACGACAGGUAGAGAUCCUGCAGCAGAAACAGAAAAUGGCUGUUGACGAGCUGCGUGAACUGCAGGCAUACUGGGCUCCUGUUUUAAAGGAGAGAAAAGAACGAAUUGAUGCUGGCAUAGGUGUGAUUAGUUCCGGUGAAUUGCGGUAUCUUUGGGCAAAUGGCUGGGAGAAGACCUGCUGGAUCGAGAAGGAUAUCUUUUCAUAG